AUGCGUGCUCGAAGCGCUGGCUCGAAGCAAGGCAAUGCUAGGCUGGUUGUUUUGCAUCCUCGAGAAGGACAGGUCCUGUGCCAUGCGAGUGAGCUGGAGUUGGUCGCAAGCUAUGAAGGCUCGGACGUGCUGAAGCAGGGUCUAAUGGCUUCCUUGGCUGCUGAUGACCAGAUAGUCACUCAAGCAUUCUCCGGCGUGUUGAGCUACAAGAUCCCGGAGUUUCCGUAUGGAUCAGAGCUGACGUUGCGUCUCGACCUGCAUGACGGCGUCAACGUGGUGGCCCGGCAGGAAGUCGCUGUUCACUUUAGGUUGCAGAGCGAGAACGUGACAGCUGUUCAAGAGUGCAGGAGGAGGAGGAAGAAGACUGCUCUUCCUGCUACCAAGACUUCAGUGUUCUUGGUUCCUGUUGGUGUAGACUACGGUCGCUGGGAGGAUCUGGAGGAGAAGGAGUUGCCAAUCUGCUUCAAGGUUUCCAACCUGUUGCAAUCAGCAUUUUCGCACGAAGAAGUUGAGACGAUUCUGCUUGCUGUUAACGGGACCCACCCAACCAUCUCUCAUGAAGAAUGGAUUUCGUAUUACGAUCUCACGGUUGUUUCGACUACAAACUCGUCGGCGCACCUGGGGAAGAAGUUCGGCCCUGUCACUCAGCUGCGUCUCGCAUUCUUUGCGUCCCGUCAGGCUUCCAUGGACGUCAAGUCAUAG